UAUGGCAGAAAGAGCACGAGCCUUAGUACAGUGUCUGCUAAAUAACGAAGACUUUAUUGAAACAGUGGCAAAUGUAUGCAGCAACAACACUGCUGCAAGCCCAAAUGUGCACUCGUCAUUUGAUCGAGUUGAUGAUGAGGUGCGCUCACUUUUUAAUAGAGGUGCGCAAACCAGAGUGCCAGAUUUUCUGAGGCCGGACCCAAGUGUAUUUUUAAGAAGCGGUACCGGACCCGGUAACUUAAUACAAAACGGUGAUAUCAGCCUCAGCGUCAGCAGCAUGUCCAACCCGCAGCAAUUACCAGUCCCGUCGUAUAACCUGAGGCGUUUGCCUAGAAUUAACAGCAGACGACAGACAAGACGAACUCGAGAACUUCAGCACGUGACUUUUACAAAGGAAGUUGUGCUUCUGCCUGACAACAGCUCUACACUUGUGCCACGCCGUGCAAGUAAGGCCUGGUUAUAUGAUCAUGGCCAUGUGAAAUCAGCAGUAGAGUUUAACAUUGAAUGGGAUGAGUCUGAGGUGAUGGCCACCAUUCGAAGGUCCUUCAUGCCACUGGUUGAUGGUUGCAGUGAAUAUGUCAGUUUGCUUGAAAUUGAAGAAUACGACCCCAGUGAUGCAAGUCUUCAGGAAGCCAUUGGGAACUCGCUGUCUGACACUACUUUUGGAACCUUGAAGUAA